AUGCGGUCUUCCUGGAUACAUCUGGCGUUUGCUGCCGUGGUGGCAGCUCGGGGUUUCUCCUCUAACUGCACCAACCCGGCGGUACGCAUCGAAUGGAGCAGUCUGGAUUCAUCGGAGCAGAUAGCGUACCUGGAUGCCGAGCGGUGUCUCUGGGACCUUUCAGCGGAAACGCAUUUGUCCAAUGUCACCAACCGGUACAUUGAUCUGGUUGCUGUACACCAAAGCCUCACAGACUAUUUUCAUGGGGAUGGGGUCUUCCUCCCCUGGCAUAGAUACUAUGUCCACACCCACGCAACCCUCCUUCGGAAGCAUUGCAACUACACUGGCCCGAUCCCAUACGUGAAAACUACUAGAUUUUUGUGCAGAUGGUGGGACGAGCGAAAAGACUCCGGUGCGUUUAGUAACGCUUCUAUGUUCUCGCCAUCAACAUUCAGCAGCGUCUCCGGUACUCCAUACAACGGCAUUAUUACGGAUCAAAAACAGUCUCACUACGUCUGUGUGACAGAUGGGGCAAGACUCCCUUUAUUUUAUUUCGCAAACACUACUCUGCACAUCGGCUUUGGCAUGGAGGAAACCAACCACUGUCUUUCCCGGGAUGUCAAUGAAAACCAGAGUAACACCACAAGUGAUCACUAUGCGGAGAUGUGCAAUUCCUAUGGAAACUACAUUGAUAUGUUCAAAUGCGCCUUCCAGUAUCCGCACGGCGGUGUCGGUGGAGUGAUGGGCGAUGUGUCCGGAUCCCCGGGCGAUUUCGUCUUUUUCUUGCACCACGGCUUCAAUGACCGAAACUGGCUCUAUCAGCUAAGCGGCUACACCACGGAGUCUGAGCCAUCCACCGGCUGGGUUGACGUCACCCUGGAUUACAAUCUCACUUCGUACGAGGUUAUUCCUGACGCGACCAUCGAGCAGGUGAUGGACACCAAGGGAGGUUAUUUGUGUUAUACUUAUGACUACUAG